AUGACGUUUGAUUUAGAUAUUCGACACUCAAAGAAAGAUAACAACAGUGUGAAUACUAUCGGAUUGAAUUUGGGCUGUUAUCCAGGAAAAACAAUCAAAGGUGGUAUUCCAAUCACUUUUGAACUAGCUUUUCUCAAAAACGAUGGAAGUUACUUCAAACAACCUGGUUUUGGUUACGGUGCUUUUAUUGAUUACUCUAAAGUAUUGGAUCCAUCAACCAGGAUUCUACAUGACAGCCAUCAGCUGCAAGUUAGCUGCAAGGCCACUGUCAACUAUAACAUGUUCCAAAGUCAAUUCUCCUCCGAUUUAGUGGCUCUUUUGGACAGUGGCGAUUUCAGUGAUAUCAACAUUCUUGUCAACGGCACUAAAAUACCUGCUCACAAAAACAUUCUUUCUACCCGUUCUCCAAUUUUCAAAGCAAUGUUUAGUUACGAUAAUACAAAAGAAGCUCUAGAAAAAGAAGUGGUAAUUCACGACGUUUCGGUUAAUGUUAUGAAAGAAUUUUUGCGAUUCAUCUACACUGGAGUGAAGCAUCAAGGAAAUCAUGAUUGUUCAGAACUUCUGGCUAUUGCUGAUAAG